GAGGAACUCACAGUGCCACCACUACUCCGACCUCUCUAGAAACUCUCCCCAAGCCUCGGUCAUCUCACUCCUGUCUUCCCUCAAGAUGCAAGAACAGAUCUGCAGUAGGGCAAGUGCUGCCUGGGGUUUGGUGUUGCUGGUCUUCAUCCACCAGGUGUGCGCUAAUCCUGUUCAAGACAGCACAUCAACACAUCUUCAGGAAGGAGGACUGCUGAAGCGGAUAGCCCGCAUGACACCCCUGUGGAGGAUCAUGGGAAGCAAGCCCCAUGGGGCCUACUGCAAGAACCACCAUGAGUGCUCUACAGGAAUAUGCAGUGGUGGACAUUGUUCAUUCAGCAUGCCCAUCAAGUCUUAAAAGCAGGAAAGGACCACAGUCAUUUCUCUCCAGGCCAAACUCCUUUGUACCUAACGCAAUUACUGCUCAACAAUAAACUCUGAAAACAGUCGAUAUGGACAUUGAAUCAGAAAACGAUUUUAACUUGCUUACAAAUGUAUAGAAAGAAACGUGUUGACUUGAACUUACACUCUGUCAUGAGUAGUUGAGUGUACACAAAUGGAUGGCUGUGUGACUAAGGUGGAAGCGACUAAAAUGACUCAUGGAAUGACUGGAAAGGAUAUUCCCGGAAGGUACUGUACUUGCUUAAUGGAAACUGGCAUGUGUCAUACUCAAGAAUUUUUUAAGUAUGAUUUACACCAUACGUCAAGCAUGAACUUUCAACCUAUUCCCAGAAAUGAGCAUAACAAAGAUCAUUGCUGUUUCGUCUGUAAUGUCCUCUCUGUAAAUUCAUUACAUUCCUUGGCACCAGUUUGCCUAUUCUUUUGCAUUGAUGUUGAUCAUGUAUGCACACGUGUUAGUAUGGUCCUCACCUUCAAGGUACUAUUAGUGCAUGACUUCUGAAUGAUCAAUAUUGUUUCCAUGAUGAUACUCUUUGUAGACAAUCACGUGCUUAAGAGUACACAAUUGAAAAAGUACAAGUGAUAGUCAAUGUAAUUGAUGGAUAUGGAAAUAAAAGACAAACCUUUCAGAUGGUGUUUCAACAUGUAAACCCUUGAUAUCUAUGCAUGAAUUGUAAUGUAAUGUACAGUAUAUGAAAUAUAGCUUCAAAUGAAUACUUUUCUUCAGGUAUAUACAUAAAUGUUAAAAUCUUGUUUUGUUCCUUUUAUUAUCAAACAUUAUUUGACUAUUUAUUUGUUAGUUUUUUUUUUUCAAUUCACAUUCUUAGUAUUAUAUCCAUAUUAAUAUUAUAAUGUAUCUUAUCAACUGAGUUUCACAGAAUUUUACUCAACCAUGAAUUUGUCUGGGCACUUAUAAGUGUUUGACCCCCUGAUCAUUAUGGCAACAGUUAAUGGGUGACCCAAGAAGUGCCUUAUAUAUUUAUCCAUUUCCAGAUGUUAGAUUCCAUAGAGAAGAGAAGUCCAUGGUGAUUUGCCAUGGUAUUACAGAUGUGUCUGUGCAAAAUAUGGUCUUUGUUACAAUCAUGUUUAGCGAAAUAUUUAAGACUGUACUGUACUCUCAUUGUACUGUGACUUGUCCUAUGCACAUUGUAAAAUGUAAACGCAAGUCUGUCGUUUUCACUAAUAAACUUUUUCAUGCAA